UUUCUCCCACGAAUCUCCUCCACGAUUUUUCUCCGAUCCCGAAUCUUGAUUAUUUUCCAGCACAAUAUUAUCAUUGGUGGUACAUGUCACAAGUCAUUGUCCCCUUAUGUAAUAAAACCACAACAACCAUCACAUCUUCUUCUGUUCUUCAUCAAUCCCAACUCAACAACAAAAAAUAUGAAAAAUUCUAGUAUCACUGCAAACAUUAUUGUCAUUUGUGCUUUUUUACUUUCAUGCAAUAUUCUUGUAACAACAGCCACUGGGGGUCCAGACUAUGCAACUUUCUUGCAGUGCUUGUCUGAAAAUUUAAGCCCAAGUGAAGAUGUGUCAAGAUUUGUUUAUAGUCCUCAGAAUGCUUCAUUCAUGUCAGUUUUGAGAGCUUACAUCAAGGAUCUUAGGUUUGAUACAGUGGAAACUCCUAAGCCUAUUUUUAUUGUGACUGCUUUGAAAGAAGCCCAUGUACAAAGCACAGUUAUUUGUGCAAAAAAAGUGGGAGUUGAGAUGAAAAUUAGGAGUGGUGGGCAUGACUAUGAUGGGAUUUCUUAUGUUUCUAAGGAGACAUUCAUCAUUCUUGAUAUGUUUAAUCUGAGGAAUAUUGAUGUGAAUGUCGAAAAUGAGAGUGCUGUGGUGGGAGCUGGAGCUACACUUGGUGAGCUUUAUUACAGGAUUUGGGAGAAGAGUAAGGUUCAUGGCUUUCCUGCAGGGGUGUGUCCUACUGUGGGAGUUGGAGGGCAUUUGAGUGGAGGAGGGUAUGGCAAUAUGUUGCGUAAAUUCGGGUUGUCGGUUGAUAAUGUGGUUGAUGCAAGAAUUGUGAAUGCUAAAGGGGAGGUUUUGGAUAGGAAGGCCAUGGGGGAGGAUCUUUUUUGGGCUAUUAGAGGUGGUGGGGGUGGGAGCUUCGGUGUCAUUGUGUCGUAUACUAUAAGGCUUGUCAGAGUGCCUGAAACUGUGACAGUUUUUCGCGUCAUGAAGGGAUUGGAUGAAAAUGCAACUGAUCUUGUUCAUAGGUACCAGUUUGUUGUGGACAAGCUGGACAAUGAUUUGUUCAUUCGGGUACUUCUGCAGCCGGUGAAUGGGAAAGCAAAGGGCUCGAAGACGAUCAGGGCCUCGUUUAUUGCAAUGUUUCUUGGUGAUUCAGAUAGGCUUUUAAGCAUUAUGAAAGCAGGGUUUCCUGAAUUAGGCCUACAGAAGAGUGAUUGCAUUGAGUCGAGUUGGAUCAGGUCUGUGGUCCGAUGGGCUAAUUUCAAUACCAAUAGUACAUCAGAAGAACAAUUGUUGUCGCGAAAAUCAAAUGUGUAUUUUGGGAAGAGGAAAUCAGAUUACGUGCAGACUCCAAUCCCAAAAGCUGGCCUGGAACUCAUUGUCAAGAAGAUGGCUGAAUUAGGCAAAGUCGGGCUCGUGUUCAAUCCUUAUGGAGGCAGAAUGAGUGAAAUUCCAGCCUCAGCCACGCCAUUUCCUCACCGUGCUGGGAACAUUUACAAAAUCCAGCACUCGAUCACCUGGCAAGAAAAAGGCCUUGCCGCGGAAAAUAACUACCUGAGCCAAAUAAGAAGCCUUCAUGAUUUCGUGACACCUUAUGUGUCCAAGUCCCCUAGAGGCGCAUUCCUCAACUACAGAGAUCUCGACAUUGGUACAACAGACAAUGGUAAAAAUAGUUACAGCGAGGGUAAAAUUUACGGAGAAUGUUAUUUUGGACAGAAUUUUGAUAGGCUUGUGAAAGUGAAAACUGCAGUGGAUCCUGAGAAUUUUUUUAGAAAUGAACAGAGUAUACCAGUUAUGCCUUCUGCUCAGGGCAGACGUGGUGGAAAGUAGCACAUUGAAUAGCAUAUAUUUAAUGAACUUGUGGUUCUCUUUUGCUAGA